AUGCCUUACCAUCCCCAAACAAAUGGACAAGUCGAGAUUUCAGACCGGGAGAUCAAAGAAAUAUUGGAAAAGACAGUGUCCAACUCCUGCAAGGACUGGUCGUUGAAAUUGGAUGAUGCUUUAUGGGCAUACCGCACUGCCUUCAAGAUUCCAAUCAGAAUGACCCCAUUUCGACUUGUGUACGGUAAGCCGUGUCAUCUUCCGGUGGAACUGGAACACAAGGCUUACUGGGCAAUAAAACAACUUAAUAUGGACCUGAAGCUAGCUGGAGACAAGAGAAAGCUACAAUUAAAUGAACUUGAUGAAUUGAGGAUGGAUGCCUAUGAACAUGCCAAGUCCUACAAAGAGAGGACAAAGAGGUGGCAUGAUCAAACACAUCAUGCGAAGGGAAUUCAGAGAAGGGGACUUAGUGUUAUUGUUUAA